AUUAAUUAAAAACGUUAGUAUGAAAUUCAAAAUCAACACACCUCCCAGCAUAUCCAAGGCUUGAGAUGAUGGAUAGUUAAUUGUUUUAAAUGAACUGCAAUAAAUAAAACAUUCGUUAUUAGCACGAUCCGUUACGCUCGAACUAUCCAAUCGAAAUUUGUAUUAGGAAAGCUAGCCAAUCAUCAAGCAGCUAAGUUUUCCCUUGCCGGUUGGAUUGGCGGUCACACCGUAGUUAUACAAGGGAUUUUGUGUUGGAGGGAAAUCCAAUUCGGUAAACACAACUGUAAACACAAUAGGAUACGUUUGCACGUACGUACGUACGUACGCAUACGUACAGCAAGCUCUACGCAGGACAACGAACAAUAAGGUCCUUCUUCCGAAAUCUGAUUCUUCCAAAUCACCUUCACCAUCAUCAGCUUCAUUCGCCGGCCAUUGCGUCACGAAUUUCUCAUCACAGGCGGUUGCUACUUAUCGCGCGGGCUUACUCUAGAACAAAACUACAAAAUAACUACACUUGAAUAGCCCUUGUUUUACGUAAAUAUUUCAUUAUUAAUUUGCGCGUACGUUUUGAUGCCUUAUUGGCGAUCAAUUCGCGUUAUUCUGUACUCACGAACUUGAAUAUAUUUUCAUUGAAGAUAUUGAACAACAAGAAAGCAACUGAUCUAUCUAUCGAACUAAACUAUCUGAUUUUGGGUCAAACCGUCACUAUUCUGUUUGACGGUUUUUGAUCAGUGCUGAUAUCGAUUUGGUAUUUAAAAAAUAGAAAAUCCAUCAAUUUUCUAGGCAAUGCCAGCCCCAGAAGCUAACGCAACUGGACGUAUGUCCAAGUUCAAAAACGCCAGUAAACCAGAAGAUGCAAGAAGAAGGAGAAAUGAGGGUUUUGUUGAGUUACGCAAGGUGCGUAAAGAUGAUCAGCUAUUGAAGCGCCGUAACAUCAGUGCCGACGAUGAACCAUUGAGCCCCUUAGGGGACCAUGCUAUGUUAAAUCAAAUCGGCCCAACAAUAGAAGAUAUCAUCAUUGGUAUGAGUUCCAAAGACGAGACUAUUCAACUUCAGUCCACACAAGCCUGCCGCAAGAUGUUGAGCAGAGAAAAAAACCCUCCAAUUGAUAACAUGAUACAGAAGGGUAUCGUCCCACGUUGCGUUGAAUUUCUCACUCAUCAUCACAAUCCCGCGCUGCAGUUUGAAGCAGCUUGGGCACUCACCAAUGUCGCAUCUGGAACAUCAGAGCAAACCAAUGUAGUUAUAAAUCACGGAGCAAUUCCUUACCUAACAGCUCUACUCAAAUCUCCUUCGCCUAAUGUUGCCGAGCAGGCUGUCUGGGCUCUUGGAAAUAUUGCUGGCGAUGGACAUGUUGCUCGAGAUCUUGUUCUUGCUAAUAAAGCACUUCCUUUACUUUUAGAUCUGAUCAAACCUGAUACCCAAGUAACAAUUGCCCGCAACAUAGUUUGGACGUUGUCGAAUUUAUGUCGCAAUAAAAACCCACCACCAGAUUUUGAAAAAGUCAAGGCUUGUCUACCUGUGCUGAAUCGACUCCUUGGCUAUGCAGACAAGGAUAUUUUAGCUGAUGCUUGUUGGGCUCUUUCUUAUCUUACCGAUGGCACCGACAACAAAAUUCAGGCAGUUGUCGAUUGUGGCGUUGUCCCAAAUCUAGUUGCCUUGUUAUCUUCAACUAAAGUAACUGUGCUCACACCUGCUCUGAGAGCAGUUGGAAACAUUGUCACCGGAACCGACGUUCAGACCGAUGCCAUUAUUGCAGCUGGAGGACUGCGACAUCUUGUUGGACUACUGCAGCACGAACGAUUAAAUAUUGUCAAAGAGGCUGCAUGGACCAUCAGCAAUAUCACAGCUGGGAAUGUAGACCAAAUUCAACAAGUUAUAGAGGCUGGCCUCUUACCACCUUUACUUCACGUUCUGCAAUCGGGAGACUUCAAAUCCCAGAAAGAGGCUGCCUGGGCAGUAACAAACUUGACUUCCGGUGGUUCGGUGCAGCAGCUUGCGCAGCUCGUACAACUUGGUGCUUUGGAUCCACUCUGUGCGCUCCUAGAUGCAAAGGACUGGAAGACAGUACUAGUUGUUCUUGAUGGUCUAACAAACAUUCUUACCGCUGCACAGAAAAUGGGUGAAGUAGAACGUGUCGCUGUUAUGAUUGAAGAAGUUGGCGGGCUUGACAAAUUGGAGAAUCUUCAGCACCAUGUGAACGAACAAGUCUACCAAAAGGCUAUGGCAAUGAUUGAAACAUAUUUCUCAGAUGGGGAAGGUGAAGAAACAACUAUUGCUCCAACAACAUCGGAUGGGCAGUUGGAAUUCAAGACAACUGAUACGAAUCCUGAAGGAGGUUUUCAAUUUUGAAAGUAUAUAAUAUUUUCAUAUGAUAAUUUUAUUUACGGUUUCAUGGAGACUAUUAAUCAUUUGUAAAUAUUUCACAGUGACAUCCCAUGAUAACAGCAUAUUCGCUUAACCCUGCGAAACAUAAUGGCCAAUCAAUUAUUUGAACAAUUUAAUCUAUCUUUCACUUUGUAUAUUACUUUGGAUCCAAGGGGUAGGGAGUCACUCGUAGUUCUAACUAAAGAAUCAGGUAUAUCGUAUCCUAUAUUGGAUUGAGUCAAGAAACUCGGGCAGCCCUUCGUUCUAUAAACUAUAGUUAUGAUGUAAUAGAGUUAAAAAAGAAUCUUCCGGAUACCAUACAUAUGUUAUUUUAAAUCUUUUUUACAAUAAAAAUUUUUAUAAGGAA